AUGGCUCUCAAAAGCCUUCUGACGGCCACAAUGGCCGCGUCCUCUCUUUUAGUCUCCUCCACUCUCGCUUCGGACUUGGACUCUACGACAAACCUAGCAGUCUACUAUGGUCAAGGUCCCUACCAACAGCGCUUAGCGGAUUUCUGUCAACAGACUUCGAUGGACAUCAUCCCGAUAGCAUUCGUCCAUAUCUUCCCAGAGCAAGGCAAAGGUGGUUACCCAGGAACUAAUUUCGGGAAUCAAUGUUCAUCAGAGAUGUAUAAGAAUGAGGAUGGUGUCGAAACAGAACUUCUCAAGGACUGCCACCAGAUUGCAGAGGACAUUCCUCUUUGUCAGGCCGCCGGAAAAAAGAUACUGCUUUCAUUGGGUGGUGGUGCCACCUCCAACUAUAAACUUACCACCGACCAAGCCGCGCUUGAUUUUGCCGAUUUCCUUUGGGGAGCCUUUGGGCCCAAGACGGUCGCUUGGGGUAAUAAGCCUCGCCCCUUUGGCGAUGUUGUUGUUGACGGAUUUGAUUUCGACAUAGAAUAUAAUGGUGACUUUGGCUAUUCUACAAUGGUUGAUCGGUUAAGGCAUCGCUUCACGGAGGACUUGCAGAGGAAAUAUUAUAUUUCUGCUGCUCCGCAAUGUCCCCCUGAUGAUAAACAGCUGGCAGUUCCAAUAACGAAGUCGUACUUUGAUUUCAUUUUUAUCCAGUUUUACAAUACCUACUAUUGUUCCGCGAGAAGUUGGGUCUCUAAUCCUGAAACAUCCGAGUUCUCCUUCGAUGAUUGGGUUGAAGUCAUUAAGCACAGCGCCAACCCUUCCGCGAGACUCUAUAUUGGCUUGCCAGGUAGCGUAGAUGCUACCGUUGAUGACAUGUAUUAUCUCACGCCGUCAGAGGUGAAGCCUCUUGCAGAAGAAUUCAUGACCAAAUACCCGAACAAUUUUGGAGGUAUUAUGAUCUGGGAGGCAACUUACUCUGAAAACAAUCAAAUUAACGGCCUCAGCUACGCGGAUCAUAUGAAGAGGAUUUUAUACGAGGUCUCUCCUCCUCCAACAUCAUCGACGACCUCUACCAAUCCGUCGUACCCUACUGACACCGACACUGCAUACCCUACCGGCACUGACACUGCGUACCCCACCGGCACCGACACUGUAUACCCUACCGGCACCGACACUGCAUACCCUACCGGCACCGACACUGCGUACCCCACCGGCACCGACACUGUAUACCCUACCGGCACCGACACUGCAUACCCUACCGGCACCGACACUGCGUACCCUACCGGCACCGACACUGUAUACCCUACUGGAACCGACACUGCGUACCCUACUGGAACGGACACUGUCUAUCCCACUGGCACUGACACUGUAUACCCUACUGGAACGGACACUGUCUAUCCCACUGGCACUGACACUGUAUACCCUACUGGCACCGACACUGUAUACCCUACCGGCACCGACACUGCGUACCCUACCGGCACCGACACUGUAUACCCUACUGGAACCGACACUGCAUACCCUACUGGAACGGACACUGUCUAUCCCACUGGCACUGACACUGUAUACCCUACUGGCACUGACACUGUAUACCCUACUGGCACUGACACUGUCUAUCCCACCGGCACUGACACUGCAUACCCUACUGGCACCGAGAUUGUGUAUCCUACUGAUUCGGAGACUUCCUACCCUACUGCCAAUCCCACUGAUGACUACCCCACUGGGUAUCCUACUGGCACUUACCCUGUCAGUCCUGGAACUGUUUAUCCCACUGCCUACCCAACUGAUACUGAGACUGUCUAUCCAACUGGCACCGAAUCCUCCUACCCUACUGAAACUAUGUAUCCCACUGGCAGUGAGACUGUUCAUCCUACUAAUUCGGAGACUAACUACCCUACUGCCAAUCCCACUGAUGAUUACCCCACUGGGUAUCCUACUGGCACUUACCCUGUCGGCUCCGGAACUGUUAACCCUAUUAGCACCGAGACAGCCUAUCCCACUGCCCGCCCAACUGAUGCCUACCCAACUGGUACAGAGACUCUCUGCCCAACUGACACCGAAUCUUCCUACCCUACUGAAACUGCGUAUCCUACUGGCAGUGAAACUGCUUCCUCGACUGCCUACCCUAGUGAUCACUACCCGACUGCCUACCCAACCGAUGUCUACCCUACUAACACGGAGUCCGCCCACCCUACGAGCACUGGGAUUAUAUAUCCUACUCCCACAACAAUUACUACAGUGAUAACUACAUCGUACACGACAGUUUGCCCGACGGGAUAUACCACGAUCACAACGACAUAUACUACAACAUACUGCGCAGGAAUAGGGUGUGGUACAAGUUCACACAGUGUUGAGCCAACUGCACCACCGGCAGUUAACCCAAGCUAUCCCGUCGAAACCCCUCCGGCUAGCUGGAAGCCUUCAACGUUCUCAACCGGACCGAUCCCAGCCCCUAGUUAUCCAAGCACACCUGAAUCAGGAGCCUACCCAACAAGCCCGAUACCACCAAUGUACACUGGCAGUUCCCCGGCAACAUCUUUCAGCGGAAAGUGGCUCGUGACGUUGACAGUUGUUGGUUGCGCUCUUUUCAUCAUGUAA